AUGAAAAGAGUUCCAGGCAAGCUCACACAGGCUAGCGACGCGACCCGUCGAGAAACGUAUGCCAAUAUUACCGGGCGCAGCCUCGAAAUUUUUAAGUCCGGUGCUGAGGAUGAUCACCUCAUCUCCGAUAACAAGCAUAACGCCACUAAGGGAGACGGCAAGCAUCCAUGCGAGCUCUCCGCGUGCCACUACUACUGGGGUCCCAAAAAACGGACUGAGCCCUCGUGGGAGAGACCCGAGGGACUGCUAGUGGAAUUUACAGGGAACGGAACAUCCACUGGGGCCGAAUACUAG